AUGACAGCAGCGACUAGACGCCUGGCAACAAUAACAAUGAACGACACAACCCCCCUCUUUUUCUAUGGAACAGGCAAAAAGUACGGCGAAUUCAGCCAAUGGUACCACGCGAAAUUCAGCGUUCUCAAAGGCGAAAUAUACUCUGCCGUUGGCUUGCCCACAAGUAAACUUGAGCGACCGGACGACCCGGUCAACUUCAUGACCGCCGAGCAGUGCAUGAUGUAUUGCAAAGCCAUGCGCUUCGGUGACUUGGGGACCGCGGACAAGAUCCUCCUAACUCCAGAGCCGAGGAAGCAGAAAGCCCUCGGAAGACAGGUGAAAGGAUUUACAGAGGCAGAAUGGGAUGCCGUCAAAUUUGAGGUGGUGCAGCUUGCGAACGUGGCUAAAUUUAGCCAAAACGAGGAGCUUCGAGCCGUUCUGCUAGGAACGGGAGAUAGAGAGCUGGUGGAGGCGGCGACGAAUGAUCACAUCUGGGGAAUUGGCAUGGAUGAGAAGCAAGGACGUGCUACGAUGCAUACCCGCGAGAAUUGGGGUCAUAAUCUCCUUGGAAAGGCUUUGGUUGGAGCAAGGGUGCGCAUUCUCAUAGAUGACGACCAGCUGUGUCAUCAGUGUUUAAAUAUUGAUUUUGAGGAAUUAUUAAACCGGAAACUUGAUGGAAGGCAUAGUUCAUUUGUUAUGAAUCUGGGCCAACUUUCCGCGUUGAAAACAUCAUCAUGUGAUUUAUGUCGCAGUUUUGCGAGCCUCGCUCCUUGCAGCCCAUCCGCCACAUGGAAAUUUGACCCUAGAGCGUUGAGUCUAUUCACGGAUGAUUAUUUCCAUUUGCGAAUCUUCAGUGGGAGCAAGGUCUUCACUGGGAAAGCCGGCCGACGAAACAUGGGCGAAACCAACGUUUUAGGUGUUGCCCCGUCAAAAUCUUCGCCACAAACUCUCCAUUCUCUCACUCUCGCCGCUAUGAUGGAUGCUUGCGACCAAAUAGGUUUCCUUGGCCCAGAAAUACCAAAGAGCAUAGAAAGUGUGUGCAAAAUUCGACUGGUCAACCCUAAGGCAUUUGACUUUACUCUGGCAAAGAAGUGGAUUUCCUACUGCCGUGACAACCACAAGACACGCUGCUCGGCGACGACCUUCUCGGAACUCCAAUAUUUCCGUGUUCUUGAUUGUUAUAGCGGUCUGGUAGUUAAAGCGCCUCUAAAGUGCCGCUAUGUGGCUUUAUCCUAUGUGUGGGGGAAGACCAAUACCACCACAUCAUCUGCGACUCAAGCAUCACCGGGGGCCAAUGGUAGUCGCUUCGAGAAGGUCAUUGAAGAUAGUAUCACGGUUACCCAAAUGCUUGGCAUACGAUAUCUCUGGGUCGAUAGGAUUUGCAUUGACCAUUCUAAUCAUGCCGAUACACUUCACCAAAUCCGUCAGAUGGAUCUCAUUUACGCCAAUUCUGAAAUCACGAUAAUUGCAGCUGCAUGCGAAACUCCGGAUGAAGGCCUUCCGGGAAUUAACGACACUUCGAGAGCCGACCAACAAGUAUUGGAAUUGAAGAACAUAAACCUCAUCUCUACUUUACCAAGUGGAAGGUCCAGCAUAGAGAAGUCGAGAUGGUACACCCGAGGCUGGACCUUCCAAGAAGGUAUUUUAUCCACGAAGCGACUCAUCUUCACAGAGACUCAAGUAAUUUUUGACUGCAACGGGAUGCAUUGCAGCGAGGGGCUAGACAUGCCAUUAGAUAAUUUGCACGUCUCCGAUAAGAGCAAGUUCGACACAUAUGCAUAUGAUCUGGGCCCUCUAGAGAGAAAAGCACCCCAAUCCGACCCGGAAGAUUACAUGGGCUUUGUUCGAAGCUUUUCAACGAAGCAGCUUACAUACUCAUAUGAUACCUUGAAUGCGUUCCAAGGGAUUCUCAGUGCCUUCAAGAGGGCCCAAGCCCCCAUCUAUCACUUUUGGGGCAUACCACUCUUCACAAGUGACGAAAGCUUGAUGGGCACUAUUCACCAGGAGAUUUCCAUGAAGUCAAUAUCGGCGCGGUUUGUUUUAGCCCUCUUCUGGAGGGACUAUCGUCUCCCAUUUUCGGAAGAAUGUACCCCGAAUCUUUCGUGGGGAAGAGUAGAGUCCCCCCCGAGUUGGUCAUGGGCUGGUUGGAAUGGAGAAAUAUCUCAAUACUUUGCAUCUACGGGCAAGCCUUGCUUUUCUGAUGCGAAGGUCUGGCUUAAGGCCAGGGACGGGAGAUUGGUCAACCUCGAUGACAUCGAUUUCCGUAAAAUGAAUGCGAUGGAAGGUGACUACCAUAGCAUCUUUCAGUUGGAGGCAUGGACGAUGCCUGUCGAAGUCAAGCAUCUGGAAGUGCUGCAGCCAAAGCGUUCACGCAGAGUAGUUGGUCAUGAGACGAAGUAUGCAUACUUUGUAACUUUUGACACAGGCUCUCAAGUAACUGUUUGCUCGGAACUUAUAGGCAAUAGUUGGCAUGGCACUGCUUCUCCCGCUACAUUCAUGGCACUUCUUCCAAGAUCAUAUACGGAUGAUCAAAUUAAGACAUCGGAUGAGACGGCUAUGGUUUUACAAAAGGUUGAUGGACACUACGAGCGCGUAGGUCUCUUUAGGGUAGAAUCUGGCUGGAUAUUGGAUGGAAAGGGCAGGGCCAAGAGGAGCAGGAAUCGGCCACAAGCCGGCCGAGGCUGGAGCGUUACAUUGAAGCGUUUUUGGCUUGGGUGA